GGGCGAUCAGGAGCAGGUCACAGCCUGCUCACAGCCUGUUUCCUGUUUUCAAACGGGGAACUUAGCAAAGUGGCAGCCCCUCGGCUGGUCACCGGAGCUUGGAACCAAGAGCUUGAAGGAGCCAUGUGAUACUCCUCCUGGACCCCUGGACACACACAGCCCCAGAGACUGGAGACUUGGAGCAUGGCAAGUCCAGAGCACCCUGGGAGCCCUGGCUGGACGGGACCCAUAACCCAGUGCACUGCAAGGACCAAGCAGGAAGCACCGGCCACUGGCCCUGACCUCCUGCACCCAGGAUCUGAUGGGCACUUAGACACGCACAGCGGCCUGAGCUCCAACUCCAGCAUGACCACGAGGGAGCUUCAGCAGUACUGGCAGAAGGAGAAAUGCCAUUGGAAGCAUGUCAAACUGCUCUUUGAGAUCGCUUCAGCUCGCAUCGAGGAGAGAAAAGUCUCUAAGUUUGUGGUGUACCAGAUCAUCGUCAUCCAGACCGGGAGCUUUGACAACAACAAGGCAGUCCUGGAACGGCGCUAUUCCGACUUCGCGAAGCUCCAGAAGGCGCUGCUGAAGACGUUCAGGGAGGAGAUCGAAGACGUGGAGUUCCCCAGGAAGCACCUGACCGGGAACUUCGCGGAGGAGAUCAUCUGCGAGCGCCGGCGCGCGCUGCAGGACUACCUGGGCCUGCUCUACGCCAUCCGCUGCGUGCGCCGCUCCCGGGAGUUCCUGGACUUCCUCACGCGGCCGGAGCUGCGCGAGGCCUUCGGCUGCCUGCGCGCCGGCCAGUACCCGCGCGCCCUGGAGCUGCUGCUGCGCGUGCUGCCGCUGCAGGAGAAGCUCACCGCCCACUGCCCCGCGGCCGCCGUCCCGGCCCUGUGCGCCGUGCUGCUGUGCCACCGCGACCUGGACCGCCCCGCCGAGGCCUUCGCGGCCGGAGAGAGGGCCCUGCAGCGCCUGCAGGCCCGGGAGGGCCAUCGCUACUACGCGCCUCUGCUGGACGCCAUGGUCCGCCUGGCCUAUGCGCUGGGCAAGGACUUCGUGUCUCUGCAGGAGAGGCUGGAGGAGAGCCAGCUCCGGAGGCCCAUGCCCCGCGGCAUCACCCUGAAGGAGCUCACUGUGCGGGAAUACCUCCACUGAGCCGGCCUGGGACCCCGCAGGGACGCUGGAGAUUUGGGGCCACCAUGGCUCACGGUGGGCUGUUUGGGCUUCUUCUUUUUUUUUUUUUUUUUUUCUUUUUCCUAUUCUUUUUUGGUAUUUGAGAUAGUCUUGUUCUGUCACCCAGUCUGGAGUGCAGUGGUUCAAUUAUGGCUCACUGCAGCCUCUAACUCCUGGGCACAAGCGAUCCUCCCAUCCCAGCCUCCCAAGUAGCUGGGACUACAGGUGUGAGCCACUGCCCGUGGCCUGGGGUUCAUUUUUAAUGGGAAAAGCAUUGAGGGCUCUAACUCACUAGGUGACUUUGGACAAGCCCCUCCUCUGGUCCUCCAUUUCCCCAUCUGUAUGGAACAGAGGUGCUCCUGGGGUAUCUUGGAAGCCUCUGCUUGUGUCCCAUGUCCCCUUGAUGCCAGGGUCACUUCAUCUCCAAAACAAAAACCCAGCUGACAAAACCCUGCAGAGCAGUGUCCACCUCACCAGUAUCUUCAUGGGAAGCUAGAGGAGAAGUUUACCUAGCACAUUCCAGACAAAGCUUAGUCCAUUUCCUUGAAGACAGUUUUCUCCAGCUGUUCCAAGGCUUUUCUCUCUGUUCCUUCCACCUCAGAAUUGCUUUAAAAUAUUCCCAUCCAUUAUCCUAAUACUAUCCUAAUAUUCUAGCCUUUCUCCUUUACCAUGUAGACCUGACACAGCAAAACAAAAGCUCACCUAUUGCCCUCAAGAACAGCCUCUACACACACACACACACACACACACACACACACACACACGGUGGGAGUUGUAUGCCAUCCUUUGAAGGGUGGUAGGAUCCUGAGCCUUUCAGAAAGCAAUAAUGGCAUAAGAUUUUAUGAUACAAGGCACUUUUGGCAAGGGAAGUUGUCAACCAUUUUUUCUGGCUGGGAUGGCAUAGCACAUUGUCUAGGUGUAGAUUUCCAUUCAUAAGGCAGCUGUUCCAUAAUGGCUUCCCUGGGUUAUGUAGACACAGCCCUGGGAGGAGGUGAUACAACAUACUUAAUGGGGCUUCUGGGUAGAAAACAGACUGAAUCCUCAACACUGCCCCUUUUGAGGGUCUGUGAUCCUGGAACCUGUCUGGUGGGUUGGGAUGCCCUUGACUGAGGUCCACUGUCUGGAAAGGACACCACAGGCCCAGAAUGAAGGGGCAUCUGGAUCAAUGACCCAGAUUCAACAUGGGGCUUGGAGCUGGUGGUACAGGCAGGUUUUGGCCCAAUGUGUGUUUGAGGCUGGAAUCUCCUAAAGACCUAAAGAGCCUGGAUGCAUUUAUUAGCGUGAAUUUAAAAGGCUGUAACUUGGGAACGUUAAUGUGAGCCACCACUUAAGGGGAGGAACUUGGCCCAGCAAGUGAUCACUCUAGAGGUGGACAAGCAUGCACCAGACCGCACCAGAAUCUGUUCAACAGCGACGCCUUGUGGUAACAACUAUAGGCACUCCAGCAGGCUAGAUGGGAGGUUGGAAGCAGGUGUCUUGGAACAGAUAUCCCUCAAGUCUCCCAAUCUACUCCAGGGAAAAGACACUUGAACUGGGAGAUAUUGGACUUCUUGAAAAGCUGGGCCUAUGGAAAAUUAAAGUAUUAAAUGGAAAAAUUAAAGAACUGUUACUCUAUUUGUGAUGAUGAAACAGAUUUUAUUGAUUUUGCCAGUUACUUCUUCAAAUCUAAAAUGCUAUCAACUCUAAGAUGCACCAAAUAUUUACUAAAUAGAAAAAAUACCCAACACGGACAGUUUAAUGGCAUAUUCCAGAGGAAAUUGGAAACCAAAGAGUCAGAAACCGGUGUAAGGGCUAACACCGAAUAAACCUGUUGUACAGGAGGGGACAUUAAGGAAAUUCACAUGAAUCAAACUUGGCACUGGGCGGAGGACUGGGAACUUCCCCUGAGAAUUUGAACUGCAGGCUGGCGCUCACCCAUGUUUUGGGGCUGAAUACACACAGCCUGGUCCAAAAUUCCUCAAGCAGAGGAAUCAUGUUAAAGUGGUCUCAGGCAGAGGUGUUCCAAGUGCCUCAAGACCUGGAGAUCUUCAGGCAUUUCCUGGGGCUGAAGGAUGUCAGCAUCAAGCCAGGCCAAUAAGGAGUGUAGGAUGCCAUUGAGUUCAGAGAUGCUGAAAUGUGGAAAAAAAAAAAAAAAGUG